AUGAAACUGUACAAAAUUUGCAGUGCUGAGUGCUUCCCCAUAAUUGUUCAACAGAAUGAUGGUCAUUUCCCAGCCGGAGAAUGCUUUAACUUUGUACGAUCAAGAGCUAGAUUAAAUUGUGUAAAUGCUAUACGGGAACAGGUGAACGAGCAGACGUCAUUUUUAGAUUUAUCAAUGGUGUAUGGUGUAAGCGAUGCAGAGGCUACAAGUCUACGGACAUUGUCUGGAGGGCUACUUAAAACAGUUCUUAACAAGUUACCAAAGGGUCCAGACGAACAAUGUGAGCUUUCAAGACCAUCCGAUGCACAAUCCUAUUAUUGCACGGAAGCAGGCGAUCCACGAUCCGAUGAGCAGCCCGGUUUAGCAUCUAUUCAUACUAUCUGGGCAAGGGAACAUAAUCGCUUGGCAGCUCAACUUGCUACAAAUCAUCCAUCUUGGACCGAUGAAAAAGUAUUCCAAGAGGCAAGGAAAAUCAACAUUGCGGAAUGGCAACACAUUGUAUACAAUGAGUAUCUCCCAGUAACGAUAGGAAUGGCAACAAUGCAGGCUUACAAUAUCCACAUCGAUGCGACCGGACAUAAGGACACUUACGAUAUCAGUACUGAUCCAACAAUCAGAAAUGCAUUUGGAGCAGCUAUAUUUCGAUUCGGACAUACCCUGGUUUCGGACAAAAUCGCUCUAGCUAAUUUAGGUGAUGAAACUAUAUUAAACGAGCAAGACCUAAAGUUCAACUUUUUCGAGCCUGAAUUAUAUCACUCAAACGCCAACGAUGCAACUGACAAUAUCCUGAAAUGGACGGCUGCAACACCUUGCUUACUAUCAGAUAGGAAACUACAAGCUUCAAUACAAAAAUUCUUAUUUCUGGACGCCCUUAAUAAGUCAGCUGAUUUGGCAACUUUAAAUAUUCAAAGGGGACGUGAUCAUGGUGUACCUUCCUACAACGAAUUCCGUGCAUAUUGUAAUCUUCCUAGGGCUUUUAAUUUCGGUGUUGGAGGAGGUGGUUUUGUGGACCACGACCAAGACGUUGUUACUCUUUUAUCAAACGCAUAUAUGUAUCCUGACGAUGUUGACCUGUUUACUGGGUACAUAAGUGAGAGACGUAUCUCAGAUAGUCAGCUUGGACCAACUGGACAAUGUCUCUUUGCACUACAGUUCCUAGCUCUACGCAAUGGCGACCGUUUCUUUUAUGAGAGAAAUGACCCACUGAUAGCGUUUACACAGGGUCAACUGAUGGAAAUCAAGGAAGUUCGAAUGUCAACAGUAUUCUGUUUAAACACAGCAGCCCAUACAGGGAAACGAGUCCAGUUGAACAUGUUCCGCCAAGAAGAGGCAGGAAAUCCUUUCGUUGAUUGUUACAAUGUUCAGGGGAUAGAUCUGACGCUUUGGUAGCCGAUUACGAAAUAUUCUAGAUUGAAAAAAGAAAAAAAAAAGAAUUUUGAGAUAGAGAAGAUCAU